AUGUCCGAGCCAGUGGAGGAUGACGUUUCGGAAAUUAAGGAACCCGCAGAGAAGAAAAAGAAAGAUGAAACUGAGAUCAUAAUCGAAAGGAUUAACGAAAGAAAUCGGAUCAAAAUCGAGAGAAUAAAAGAAAAUUUCAAGCACCGAGUUCCUGCCAAGAAACUUGCGACGGAUUUUUUGCAAUUGCUCGAAGGUUCGAUUCAAAGAAUACGGUCCAACUUCUACCGGGCUACGGCUCGUCUCGCGAUGGACUUGUUCAAAAAACGCCCGAUCGCUGAAGCCAACAAAUUUCUUCAGGUUUUCUGCGGAGAAUGAUAAAUGUUGAUGCAUUUUUUUUUGCAGGAUAAGGCUGAUUUUAGUCUUAAUGAAAUCAAGAUCCUGGAAGAAAGCUGUUCGAGUAUCAUUGAUCGUCUCACGGAGUUGAAUGGCGUACAACAAAAUAUUCACUAUGCGAAGAUGAAGGUUGGAACCGGGUUAUUGAAAGUUUUCGACGUUGAUUCCAGGUGCUUUGCCAGGAAGUGCAAGAACUGUCGGAUGAUAUCGACCAAGGCUUGGCAACGUUUGAGGAGGAUGAGGUGGGAUUUUUCGGGGUAUAGUUCAAUAGUACAUGAUGUAUUCAUGAUUUUUCUUUCCCCUUAAAAGCUACCUUGCGAGCGAUGCGCCUUUAAUCCAGCUUUCAGAAAAAUUUAAAGGCGCAUGCACAGCGGGUUGUGAAAUUUAAUGAGAAAGGACUUUCAAGAUUUCAGUAGUGAAAAGGAAUUUUUCUUUUUUUCUUCCUAGCAAACUUUCCGGAUUUUGAAAAAUUCAGCCAAUUUCUGUUGAAUGUUUUUCUUGAAAUUAUUCUUAAGGGCUUGGAAAAUCUCAGAAAAAAAUUUUUUGUAACCGAUACGAGUUUAUUGGCGGGAAAUAAGUUCAAAAACGAGCGUGAAAAAUAUAGAAAAUCAUUUUACACUUUGAAAAAAGUUAAUGGAAUGUUUAACGACAAAUUUGAAAAACCAUGAAAAAAAUAUAUUCAUAAAAUCUUGAUAAAAAGCAUUUUUCGUUUGAAUUCCCUUUUCCCGCCGAAAACCGCUAAGCGACCACAAAAAGUUUUAGUGCUCCUAGAGCUGAGUUUAGCUUAAGUCAUCGAAAAAAUGGUCCUGACACGAUUUAAAAAGAGAAAUUACUUGGUUUGUGAAGGACGCAGAUGAACCCCAAUAUUUUUGUAAAUCGUUUUUAUCACCACGGCAUUCCUUAUAGGGUGCGGGAAGGUGAACGAGGCGUCAAAGAUUUUUUGAUUCACAAAAAAAGUAAGUGCACACUCCGGAUAAAAUUACGUCACAAGCUACACUGAGUAUCCAACGUUAGUAACUUUUGUUUUUGCUGCGUACAAGGUUUGAAUUUUCGCGCCAAAAUUUUUUUGACGUCUCUCCACCCCGUUUGGGAAUACCUGAACUCGGGAAAAAAGAAAAAUCUGGUUUUUUUUUCAGAUUGUAAGCCGAGUGACAUGGCAAGAGGUUUCGACGACGGCGAGGCAAAUCCAUGGAGAUCUGUUGGUCAGUACGACGAAUCUUAGCGAUUCGAAGAAACAACAAGCUUCUUGA